AUGGCGAUUCCCAUGACCAGGCUGGGCGGCCGAGCCCUGCACUCUGGCGACAAUGACCAAGUCGAGCGCGAAUACGACCGCUUGCGCGACCUGGCGCGCGCCGAGGCCGACAAGCGCGGCUCGUGCUUUGAUCGAUCCCGCCAGGCGUACCAGUCGGGCGACGGCGCCGCCGCCAAGGAGCUCUCGAACCAGGGCAAGAAGCACGACGCCAAGGUGCACGAGUACAACCGGCAGGCGUCCGACUACAUCUUCCGCGAGAACAACGCGCCGGGCAAGGUCGAGCCGGACUCCAUCGACCUGCACGGGCAGUUUGUCGACGAGGCCGAGCGCAUCCUCGAGGAGCGCAUCCGCGCGGACCAGGCGCGCGGCCAGACGCACCUGCACGCCAUUGUCGGCAAGGGCAACCACUCGGCCGGGCACGUCCAGAAGAUCAAGCCCAAGGUCGAGGCGCUGUGCAGCGAGCUGGGGCUCAAGUGCCGGACCGAGGAGAACGCGGGGAGGAUCUACAUUAAUCUGCAGGGCGGCGAGCCGCUCCCUCCGCAGCAGCACCCCGGAGGACACGGACAGCAGCAGCACCCGCACCCGCAACCGCACCCGCAGCCGCCGCACGGACAGCAGGACGAGACGGCCCAGUUUUUGGAAAAGGUGCUGCCGCGGGUGCUGCGCAAACUGGAAAAGGUCUGCUGCGUCGUCAUGUAA